AUGAUCAAGUCUAACGGCUCUUCCGAACGGUUCAGGGUUUGGAGCGCGGCCUUCUCUAGACUGCACAGGCACUACUUGAGGCAAUUUGAGGUCAAGAAUAUUUUUUCGAGCUGGGCAGACUUGAUCUAUGCCAAGCAAGAUAUGCGACUGAGGCAGGGAUCGGAAACCCUCCAGAGCAUAUCUGAUAUCAUCUCAAUUUGGUCUAAUUCGGUGAAAAUCAGCGUAGAAGACCGAGAAAGAAAUGAAGAACAGUUCAAGGUCAGGGUGGAAGAGGAAAGAUUGAGGAGGAGGAUACUCCAAUGGAAGAAGCUCCUUGACGUGCAUGACCGAGGGGCUUCAAGGAAGCAUGUCACAAAACAGAUGAAGUUCCGAGCCUCGAGAUGGUAUAGUUAG